UAAAUCGUAUUUUAUUGACAUUUUGUCAUUAAAAUCAAGAUGACAUUCUCGUACAAUCAAAAUAAUUUCUAUUCCAACAGUGAUUUCAGGCUUACUUUUGGUUUACCACUUGAAGAUGUCUUCCCCAACGGUGAUGUACACCCCUCACUAAAACGUUUAUUCAUUGUUACCUACCGAUAUUUCCUCCAAACAAACGCAGCCAAUGCCGUACAAUGUCUCAUAGCAAAUCCAACUGUAAACCACUGUUUACCAAAAUUAACUGAUUUAAUCAACGCUCUCACCUACGGAAAACCAUUCCCUGCUCCGUUGUCCUUUGAAAUGUUGAUCCACACACUUAAAUAUUAUCUCACAAUGUUACCUGUGCCUUUACUACCGAAAUACACUGAGAAAAAGCAUUAUAACUGGAAGAAAUUGUCAUUGGAAUGCAAAACAAUCAUACAAAAACGUUUUAGAGAUGAGAAACAAGAUGGCGUUGUACUACAUAACCUAGCAAAAGAAUUAUUGAGAUUACCAAGAGUCAAUCUGCUUCUAAUUGGUUAUUUCGUCAAUUUCCUGAGGAGUUUAGUACAUUACAACAAAUCCGGGCAAAAUUACAAUAAACACGCUGCUAAUGUAUUAAUUAAUUACUUUGCAGCGUCGAUAUUUACACGACAAUACGAUAUAAACAAUGAAAACUCUGAGCAUGUAAACUAUAUUUAUCAUCCGUUAAUGUUAACCCUGAUCACAAAAUGGCCGCUGAUUCAAAUAAAAUGCAUAGAAAUCCAACCGCAGUGCUUCCAGGCACAAAAAUUCAAUCAAAUUGGUAAUAAUAUCGAUGUUAUUACAUUAUCUACGAUAAUAGAAAGAAGUGAAGAUUCACAAUCAAGUUUAAAAGUAAAUCAAGAAACUUAUACGGAUUUUUCAACGUCUGUACACACACAAAGUCUACAAAACCACAAAAUAACUCGUGAUUGUCAAACACACACGGAUGAUAUGCAACAAUCAAAGAAAACAUCAACAGCUUCACUCCUAACGUACAUACAAAAUGGCGGAUUGCACACACCGGAAGUAAACUCAUCAAAUUUAGAGGUUAUUAGUAAUAACAGCUUAAAAUCAAGCAAAAAUGAUGAAUUAAUCGAUAUUGAAGAUGACAAAGACAUAAAACAAACAGAUUCUUCUGAAGAGGAUAACAUAACCUCUAAAAAUCUAGAAACAAUGAUAAAAAUACCAAGCAGUGUGAAUUUAAACAAUCUAGAUGAUAAACACGAUGAUUAUACAGCUUCAGAUCCGUUGUAUGCAGAUUGCAAGCCACGGAAAUACUUCCUCAAGUUCUCCAGACAAAUUAACGGCAUAAUGUUACUGAAACAAAUCAACAAAAUCAAAGAUUUGACGUUUUUGACUCGAAUUAAAAGCGAAGAAUUGAUGCAGAAUCACCCGAAGUAUGAAAAACUACCAAAUAAACCAUCGGCAACAUUUUGAUCAAUUAAUUAAAUAAAUACAACUUAAAUAUUAAAUAAAUAAACAAUUCAAAGUGAUACAAGCA